UAAGAUUCCGAAACAGGAUAUUACGUAAUGGAGCUAAACUGUGUCGAAAGUCAAAGUAAAAUCGCUGCAAUAACUAACCUUAUGCGUCAUUCUAAUUUUUAUUAAUCUUAAAGGCUAAUCGGGGAGAAUUUACAGAGAUAGGUGCAGAACAUAAUUUGGUCAAUAAGUUCAGUUUAUUGUGAUUAGCAGCAAUGCAGCUAACGCUAGCUAGCCUAGCCAAGCCUGUACUUCAUGGAUACUUCAGAAGUUCCUGCUCCUGGAGGGUCCGGAUUGCUUUCGCUCUGAAAGGCAUCGAGUAUGACCAAGUUCCAGUCAACCUAAUCCAAGAUGGAGGUCAGCAGCUCAAAGAGCAGUACAAAGCACUAAACCCAAUGCAGCAAGUGCCUGCAGUGGAAAUAGAUGGCAUCGCACUGUCUCAAUCACUUGCAGUGAUCCAGUACAUAGACGAGACCAGACCAGGACCUCGUCUUCUUCCUGCAGACCCAAAGGCACGCGCUCAGGUUCGAGUCAUAAGUGACCUCAUUGCUUCAGGAAUUCAGCCUCUGCAGAAUUUGUACGUGCUCCAAAAAAUAGGAGCAGAGAAGGUACAGUGGGCGCAGCACUUCAUCAACCGUGGCUUUCAAGGUCUAGAGCAGAUUCUGAAGCAAACCUCUGGAAAAUACUGUGUUGGUGACGAGAUUUCCAUGGCAGACAUUUGCCUGGCUCCACAAGUCUACAACGCAGAGAGGUUUAAAGUGGACAUGGAGCCGUUUCCAACAAUCAAAAGAUUAAACGAGACCUUGCUUGAGAUUGAAGCGUUCAAAGCGAGUCAUCCGUCUCGGCAACCAGAUACACCUGCCGAUCUUCGAGCAUAA